UGAGCUCCUGACCGCCACCUAUGGACUCCCGCAAAUCCCCGAAGGAAACAGUCCUUAUUACAGGAGGAGGUGGCUAUUUUGGUUUCCGCCUAGGCUGUGCUCUGAACCAGAAAGGAUUCCACGUGAUUCUCUUUGACAUCAAAAGCCCUGCUCAUCCCUUGCCAGAGGGAGUCAAGUUUAUACACGGAGACAUUCGCCACCUCUGUGAUGUGGAGAAAGCCUUCCAGGAUGUGGACAUUGCAUGUGUGUUCCAUAUCGCCUCUUACGGCAUGUCGGGGCGGGAGCAGCUGAAUCGAAGCCUGAUUGAAGAUGUCAACGUCGGGGGCACAGACCACAUCCUCCAGGUUUGCAGGAGGAGAGGGGUGCCAAGGUUAGUUUACACUAGCACUUUCAAUGUCAUCUUUGGAGGUCAAGUUAUCAGAAAUGGAGAUGAAUCUCUGCCUUACCUACCUCUUCACCUCCAUCCUGAUCACUACUCUCGGACCAAAUCUAUUGCAGAAAAGAAAGUGCUGGAGGCCAAUGGUGCUGCCCUGGUAAGAAGUGAUGGUGUCUUGAGAACCUGUGCUCUGAGGCCGGCUGGCAUCUACGGGCCUGGAGAACAAAGGCACCUUCCCAGGAUAGUGAGCUACAUUGAGAGGGGUCUCUUCAAGUUUGUGUAUGGGGAUCCUGGGAGCCUGGUUGAAUUUGUCCACGUGGAUAACUUGGUCCAGGCUCACAUUCUGGCCUCAGAGGCCCUGACAGCUGCCAAGGGCCACGUGGCCUCUGGGCAGCCCUACUUCAUUUCGGACGGCAGACCCGUGAACAACUUUGAGUUCCUCCGGCCUCUAGUUGAGGGCCUGGGCUACAGGUUCCCAUCCAUCCGCCUGCCCUUGACCCUCAUCUACUGUUUUGCUUUCCUGACAGAAAUGGCUCACUUCCUUUUUGGUCGGCUCUACAACUUCCAGCCCUUCCUCACCCGCACAGAAGUUUACAAAACUGGCGUCACACAUUACUUUAGUCUAGAGAAGGCCAAGAAAGAGCUGGGUUACGAGGCUCAGCCAUUUGACCUCCAGGAAGUAGUCAACUGGUUUAAGGCACAUGGCCACGGCAGAAGUCCUGGGGGUCAUGCCUCCGGGUGUCUUGUUUGGGAUGGGCUGAUGGUCUUCCUCUUGGUCAUAGUGGUUCUCAUAUGGCUGCCUUCUCCUGUGGCUCGAUCACUCUGAAGGAGCUAGAAACACAGAUCGGAUCACACUUGGUGAGAUGGUUUUCAAGAAACACAGUAUUAAACAAUGUAUCUAUGUCUAUCUAAAUAAAUCUACAUCAAUAUCUAGAUAGUUAGAUACAAAUGGAUACCUGGUAGCAAAUCUUGGCUCCUCAAAUUGCUACUUAAUAGAUU